GCUGCUACUUGUGUGCCGAUGCAGAGUGAAGUUCUCCUUUUGCAGAGUCAGAGACAAAACCAAAGUAUGUCCUAACACUCCAGCUUCAACACAUGAGCUCCAAAAGCAACGCAGCACACAGAGGAAACAACCUGUACCCAACAACAUGCACUGAAGAAAAGGAAAUAACAGCAGCACGGUCAAAAUCUCUGACAUGUGCAGCAGCGGCUCCACAAAGCAAGUUUCACAGUAACCGACUUAAGGUGUCACGCAUCCAGCUGCCACACACACAGAGACAGUCCAACAGUCAGUGAGCCUGACGGUCACAAACAGCUCGAGCCGGUCUGAAUGUGAGGUGACACAGCAAGUGGGAAGAGAUGAGGAGAGUUCGGAGAAAAGUUGGGAACAAAGAGAAGGUGUUUGGAUGUGAUCUGCUGGAGCACCUGACAGCCACCUCUCAAGAGAUUCCUCUGGUGUUAAAAAGCUGCAGUGAGUUCGUUGAGCAUCAUGGGAUCGUGGAUGGGAUCUACAGGUUGUCCGGAGUAUCGUCCAACAUACAGAAACUGAGGGCUGAGUUCGAGAGCGACGGUAAUCCGGAUCUGAACAAAGAUGUGUACCUGCAGGACAUCCACUGUGUCAGCUCUCUGUGUAAAGCAUAUUUCAGAGAGCUGCCAAACCCUCUGCUCACAUAUCAGCUCUACGACAAGUUUGCUGAGGCCGUGGCCAUCCAGCUGGAGGGGGAGAGGCUGGUGAAGAUCAGAGAUGUGCUGAAAGAACUGCCACCACCGCAUCUCAGGACUCUGGAGUUUUUGAUGUGUCAUCUUGUCAAAAUGGCCUCGUUCUCCUCCGAGACCAACAUGCACGCCAGGAACCUGGCUAUCGUCUGGGCUCCUAAUCUCCUCAGGUCAAAGGACAUUGAGGCAACAGGGUUUAACGGCACGGCUGCCUUCAUGGAGGUCAGGGUCCAGUCCAUCGUGGUAGAGUUCAUCCUCACACACGUCCCGCAGCUGUUUCCUCUAGAAGGUGUAUCAUCUGAAAGAAGAAAUUCUCUCCCUUCCCCGUCAGCGAUGACCAAUCAGGAGGAGGUGCCUUUAAAGUGCGUCCCCACUCACAUUAGCACCAACUUUGGAAACAUCAGCCCAGGAGACGGUCCGCUCGCUAUACGACCAUACCACGCUAUAAUAGAAGGCACUGACAAGAGGAAAGGAUCUCUCAAAGGAAAGAAGUGGAUGUCCAUCUUUAACAUCGGAGGACGAUUCCCCGACCCGAGGCGAAGGCACAAACAGUCAUCCAAAGAGAAAGAAAGACCUGUUUUGAGACCAGCGAGAAGCAUGGAUUCCCUCAGCUCCCCGUCCUUCCCAGAAGGUUCCAGACGUCCUGGCCAGCGCCCUCCUUCCACCAACAUGUCUCCCCUCGUCACCGCCGCCACACAGUCCGGCUCAGAUGUUGCUGUUUGUACUAACGCUGGUGCAACGGGUGGCAGCGAAUAUGCUGUGACGUACCGCAGGGGAACAGGACUAGUAAGCGGGGGUACGGGGACCCAGGGCACCUAUACUGCACUUGACCCUGAAGGUUUAUCCCUCAUAAACUGUGACACUGUCAACUCCAGAUCUCCGGGACUCUCUUCUAAAACAGGCAAAAGAGCGGCUAUGCACAUUACAGGGCCCACCCUUGUUACAGUGCCCCUCCAUAUCACCUCUAACCUGGCCAGGGUCAUCCACCGCGAUAGGGAGAAGGACGGAGGGGACAGAGGGGAUGGUAAAGAGGGAGGAGAGAGGGUGGAGAGGCAGGAAAGCGGAAGAACAGAAAGGAAGGGCGUAGAGGUUAGGAAAGUUGUCAGAGAGGACAAAAAUCACAAGGCGGAAGAAACAGACAGGGAGGGAGUCAUGGAUGGAGAAGGGGAUACUGUGGCAGAUGUUACCGGCAAGGAAAAGGGUGGAGAGAAAGAGGAGGAGGAAAAGGAAGAAGAGGUGAGAGAAGAAUUGAAACCUAAGCCGGUGCUGGCUGGUCGAAGUACUUCCAGAGAGGAACGAAUCGAAAGCCGAAUGUCCAGUGUGGAGGGAGAUGAUGAAGAAGAAGAAGAAGCUCCAGCUGAGGACAUCGAUGCUGAUGAGAACAGUGAAUACAUGGAAAUGAAAAGGGUGAGGUCGUCUGAUAUUCAGUCACAGGAGACGCACGUUGAGGAUGACAGUGCGUAUGAUGGUGGUGAUGUCCUCAACUCUACAGAGAUGGAGGGGGAGAACCAGGAGCUGUACGGCUACGUUCAAGAUAACUUUGAAUUUCUGGACCACAUGGAUUGCCUCAAUGUCUCCUCUCAGGUGCACGAGUUCUCCGUCGAACCUCCUUCUCACUACGAUGAUGACUAUGAAGACAUGGAGCAAGCUCAGGCUUCCCAUCAUCCUCAGCCAGAGCCCAAAGAAACACACCAGAUUAAACCACACAGGCCAGUCAGCCUCGAUUUGGACAGCCGACACACUAAAUCCCUCAGUUUGCCUUACAUGGUCUCACCUAUCCAUGAACCACAGGAGGGGUGGACAGGAGAGGAAUACUCUGAUGAAAGUGAUUGCUGCAGUAGUGAUGAGGAUGAGAGCAUGUAUAUUAAAAGCCUUCCUGCCGAUUUCUUUCUAAACAAUCAUAGCGAGAUGGACACAGACAGUCGAGGUCUCAAUCGACUUUUAGAUGAUUCAAAAAGCAAAGCUGAGCCGUUGCAGACUGAAUUUUCUGCCUGUAAAGAGCCAACCGCUGGAAAUCAUGAGCAAAGAGAAGAGAAAGAUGAAGAAGAGGAAGAAGAAGCUGAAGGAGAUAAAGAUGGACAGGAGAGAGAGGAGGCAAUGAAGAUGGAAGAGGAAGCUAGGGACCAGGGAGGACACCAACCAGAGGGGAAUAUGCAAAGCGGAGCGACAGAGGUAGACCUCAGCACUGUGAAGGAUGCUCACUGCGACGAAGUACAACCUCUCCCUUCAGAGGUGUCAACACACUGCACAGAGUUUCCACCGCCGUUCGAUGACGACACUGAUGAAUAUAGCACUAUGGCUGACAUGAAGGUUGAAGAAGAAGGGAAGGAAGUGGUUGAUAAUCUUCGCUGUGAUUAUCCACCUGGUGACGCAGAUUCUUGUGCUGAUGAUUCAGCCGAGUCCAGAGACUUUUUUAACGAAAUGGCAACAGAUCAGUUCGAUUCCUGUGUCACGGGGGAAAAGAAAGGGGGAGAGGACGAGGAGGUAGAGGUAGAGGAGAGGGAGUUAGAUAAGGAGAUAGAGGACAUCUGUCAAGAAAGAGAAAGAAAGGAAAGCAGAUCUGAGACAGCUUUGGAUGUGGAAAUAAAAGAAAGCGGAGAGAUAGCUGACAAAAAACCUGAAGAAAAGAUGGAGGAGGAUCACAUCAAAACACUUUGUAGAACAAUCUCCAAUAUGUGGGAUGAACUUCAGGAGGUUGUGUGUGAAGUGAUAGAGGAUGAAGAAAGUACGCAGGGUGAGAGGAAGGCUGUUGAAGAGGGCGUCGACAGGGAGGUUAAUGUGGUAGAGGAUGUAGAUCAGACAGUGAUGGUUUCAGGAGAGAAAGUAGUUGAGGUCGAGGAUGAAAUGAAGAACAAAACAGAAGAUAAAAUAGAGGUUGUGGAGGAACCGGGGGAGACGACUCAAGAAAAGCACAAGGAUGCAGAGACGCUGCAAGAGUUUGAAGAAAAAGAGACUAACUUACCUAAGACAAGUGAAGUAGUAGUAGUACUCAAUGAAGGAGCAAAAGAUCACGAACGAGAAGAAGUGGAACAAAAAGAGAACAAGGACAAAGCUAAUGAGCACCGUACAUUACCGCCGAGCGUUCACGAAAAGGAUAAAGGACUAAAAGAGGUCAAGUCUGAUAUUAAAGAGUCAAAUGAGGGCAGGAAGUGGGAGGACAUCCCAGGAGGAGUUGGAAGGAAGCUGGUCAUCACCAAACAAUCUCCAAUGAAAGUUUACCAAGUAAAAGCAGUGCCGGUCGUGCCACCGAAGCCGCAACACUGCAAAAUGACCGCCCUGACCAUCCGGCAGCAGCAUGAACGAGAGAGGAGGGAGGCCGCGAAAGCCUCGACGGAAGGAGGAGAACAGAAGGAGAAAGACGGAGACGUGGAGACGGACGAGGGAAGGGGGAAAAAGGACCUGCUGGGGAUCACAGAGAAGGAGAGGAGGAGGGACGGGGACGAAGGCGCCAUGAGGGACCCGACGGCCAGAAACAGUCCCUUGAGCAUUUGUUUCGACGAGGCCGUUGCCAUAGCAACCAUGAGACGAGAAAAGGAGAAAGAGUGCGAGAAGGAGAAGCACAGGGGUAGUUGGGGUAGUGAAGUGCAGUGAAGUGGUUUUGUCUGAACUGUACAAACUAUUUUUUUUAUUUUCGAGGCAGCAGAAGUGACCUAAUGGAGGUUUUUUCUUUUUAUCAACUGCAUUUACAACAACAGUAUUACCUUUGUACUGUUACUUAAUAUGUUUAAGUGUUUCUCUGCUAUGCACAAGCGUGUGUGCAAUCAGGAAAGUUUAAAUAAUUGCUGGAUUUUAGCUGUCAAAUACAAAAUAUACCACCCCAGAAACUGUAGAGUUGGGAUUUAAGAUAAAGUGCUGCUCCAACAUGUUGAGGAGGAAUUAUUUGACAAA